AUGCACGCUUUGUGGUGCUGCGGUCCUCGAAGAAGUCAUGGCUCUGCCGCUGGCAGCAAGAUUAGCUUCACAUCCAUCUUCAGAACUUCAAGUAAUCCAGCUGUGGAUACCAGCAAAUCGCAUCGACUUAAAACCAAGCCCAAAGGCGAACCUCCAAGUGAGCAAGUAUCUCCUUUUGAAGGGCCUGUGGAACUGUGUCAACUUGCUGCUGGUAGCCUAGAGCAAGGUGAUCCUGAGAGCGUUCAUCCGGGCACGCGAACAAGUACAUUCGACGGCGUCAAAGCGAAGAUAAUCAAGCACCUCUCGCAAGAAGGCGGACCAAGGCGACAUUCUCGAGUAUCCAUUGGGCACAGUGAUGAGGAGUUGGCAAGACGUGCGGAAGUGAGGCGUCUGCAACAAAAGCAGAUUCAGGAUGAGCUUAACAAGGACGACAAUGACGGUCACAGCAACAGAUCACAUCACAGCGCCAGAUAUCUUUCUACACUGAUUGAUCUCGGGAGUCCUUGCAGCGGUCCCAGGGAUACGCUGGAGUUUACAUUCGACGACUGUGUUUUGGUGGCCAAUCCAUCGUCCUCAGACUUCUCAUCAACACAAUCCACGCCACCUCAUUGCGAAACCAACCACCAAGUCAAGCCGAAUGACGACACAUGUGAGAAUCAGGACCGUAAUCUCGACUCCCCGCUCGAAACUCAGUCUAAUGCAGAGGAGGUCCUUUGUCAAUCUCGCCCAAUUCGGGGUCCGCUACCUGAGAGGAGAUGCGUUUCCAUGGUUUCAAUAUCCCCUCGGCCAUCAAGCUGUCAGCCAGGAACACCUCGUCUGGAUAGAAUAAUUGGACUGGACAACGAAUUUAACAUACGGCAUGGGUCUCACGCGUGGGAUGACCAAUCUGCGUUGGGCAUAUGGCUCAUCGCCCAAGGCAUGAAGCCGACAGACAGCUCCGUCCUCCAAAAUGAUAAUCAUAUCAAGGACAAAGACCCUUCACCUUAUAUCACCCGUGUGCCAACUGAAGAUCUGGGUGGCGUCGAUAGCAUCUUAGAGUCAUCAUCCUCUAUACUUGACCGACUUGCUGCCGCCGAAGCUGCUCUCGUACCCCAUGCUGCGGGGAAAUAUGAAGAUUCCAUCCAUACGGCGUCUGUUACUUCAGAACAGAGAAAGUAUGAUGUAUACUCGGCACCAGGUGGUGCAAUAAAGCCUGGGGGUCAACGUGAAGAUACCAAACAACGAGCCAACAAUGGGUCUUCAAACUAUCCAUCGGAACUGCCAAGCUUGGGUCCCAGUCCAUCAGGGUCGGAAUCGCAUAGCUACGUGCUCAGCCAGAGAGACUUAGAUAACCUUGAGCUUUCACCUGUUCACUGGUGUGGAAACCUGUCUGCCUGGGAAGACCUUGGACAGUCUGAGGGUCAAAGUUCUUAUGAAACCGCGGACGAGCAGCCUUCUUCGGAAUUACCCGGAGUCAAAAAUAUGCUGGAUAAUCAGGAAACUUAUGUACCCGACCUGCAGCAGUCUGUGAAUGAUAGGACAUAUUGCAGGAAGAGCAACUCGCAGGUGUUGCUGCCCGGAUUGGACCAAGCCAAUACCACAUCUCAAUCUUGCAACAAGUUCUAUAAGCAUGCGACAUCUACUACAAGUCGAGUAUGCUUUAAAGAAAAACUACAGCAUUCGCUAUACCAAAUUUCAAACCUGGGCUCUAGUAGCAGUAAAAUCUCGCUCAAGUUAGCCGGCAUCGCAAAGGCAGGCAAAGUUAAACACGGUGGCCAUUCCAGGAGCAAGAGCAGAUGUAACGUUAUCAACCGAACAUUUUGCGAUAUUGCCGAAGCCAGAAGUGCGAAGGACCGGUCCACACAGCCGACGAGCCAUCAACACAGACCGCGAACUGAAUGA